GCAAGCAAAACUUGAUUGUAAGCCGGGGUAGCUACCACAACCUUGUUACAUGCAUAUACGUAUGUACACUUAGUCGUAAUUAAUUCUCUGGUGAGAAGAAGAAGAAGAAGAAGAAGAAGAAGAAGAAGAAGAAGAAGAAGAAGAAGAAGAAGAAGAAGAAGAUGAUGAUCGAUGUGUGGAGCGCGGUGCGAUGGUGGGACGAGUGGCAGCUGCGCAUCUUGGUGCUGGGCAGCCUGGGCCUCCAAUGGUUCUUGCUGGUGGCCGCCCCGAUGCGCAAGUACACCAUCCCGAGGUUGUUGAGGACCUGCAUCUGGCUGGCCUACGUUAGCAGUGACGCCUUGGCCAUCUACGCGUUGGCCACCCUCUUCAACCGGCACGCCAAGGCAAGAAGUGGCGCCAGCUGCGGCGGUACCAAUGCCAAUGGCGGCCAAGCCGGCGUCCUUGAGAUCCUGUGGGCUCCCGUCCUCCUUAUCCACCUUGGCGGGCAGCGGGAGCUGACCGCCUACAACAUCGAGGACAACGAGCUGUGGACGCGGCACGCCGUGACCCUGGUGUCUCAGGUGGCGGUGGCGGUGUACGCCUUCUACAAGUUGUGGCCCAACUCCACUGACAAGAGGCUAUGGGUGUCGGCGAUCCUGAUGUUUGUCAUCGGGGUGUUGAGCUUCAGCGAGAAGCCAUGGGCCUUCAAGAGAGCCAGAAUCCAAAAGCUGGCGGCGGUGUCGUCCCUGGUACAAGGGACGACACGGCAUGACGGCAAGUGGGAGAAGGCGUACCGCUUCUGCUUCACCGACUUGGAGGAGCAGAGCGCUCGGAAGCGAGGCCUGACAACAAGAAACCGUGUCCACAUGCUACUCUCGGACAUGUCAUUGUUCGCUGCUGUAUCCGAGCUCAAGAGAAGGGGCGUUCUGGAUAGCGUGGACCAGGAGGGCACGGCGAUUCUAAGCCGGGCAAUAGGGGCGGAGAGGUUCUCCAAGAGAUGGUUGCAAAACGCAUUCGGGCUCAUCUACACCAGAGCCAAAGUGACGUGGACUCCCGCCUACUUGGCCUACCAUCUCCUGCUGGUUCCAGCCCUGCACGUCGCCUCCAUCACGCUGUUCGCCGUGAGCCACAAGCGUGGCCGCUACAACGCCACGGACGUGAAGAUCACCUACAUCCUCUUGUGCUUCACCGCCGUGCUAGACAUUUCCGCCUUCUUCUUCCGGGGGCUGAUACACCUGGUCAUGUUUGUUGCAAAGGUUCCAUCCUUGUGCGAGUGGAUCGCGCAGUACAACCUCAUCGACGCGGCUCUCCGGAGGUUACAGCCAACUGGGUGGCUGAUCAAGUGUGCGACCCGCAUUGGCUGCUAUGAGGGCUACUUCGACACCAAGCACGACAAGCUGUACAGCAAGGUCGCCGGAUAUCUGGUCUUUGAUUUACUGCGAAGCGAUCAGAUAGAAGGUCUCGACCUCGGCAGCUACAGAAACUUGGACUCUGAGAUGAACAACUGGAUUCUGAGCCACGACCUGGGGCGAAGGGCAUGCGGCGAAGGGACAGAGGUACGGAGCACCCUGCUCGGGUCGUUCGAUAGAAGCGUCCUCUUCUGGCACAUCGCCACCGACCUAUGCUUCACCUGCCAGCCUCCCACCUUCCCCGCCCACCCUCGCGAGGUGAUCACGGAGGCCAUCUCCAACUACAUGGCACACCUGCUCAACUUCCGCCCCGACAUGCUCUUGACCGGCAGCAGGCAGCAUCUCUUCGCCGAGGCCAUGCAGCAAGUCGAGGCCAUCCUCAAGCUGCGGGCCGGGCGUCACUUCAAGCGCCCCUCCAUCCAAGAUGACAUGGCCAUGGUGGACACCAUCUUUAUGAGAAGUACUUCGGGCCCAGGUCCCAAUGAGUAUCCUCUCGUCCAUGAAGCUUGCAGGCUCACGCAGGAGCUGCUGCUACUCGACGACGAGACGCGGUGUGAGCUCAUGUACCAUGUCUGGGUUGGGAUGCUCUUCUACUCCGCCGCCAUGUGCAGGGGCUACCUCCACGCCAAGAGCUUGGGUGAAGGCGGCGAGUUCCUCUCCUUCGUCUGGCUUCUCCUCUCCAUCAAGGGGACCAAGACCUUGUCCGACAAGCUCCAGAUGCCCGAUCAACCUAACGCUCCUGUCCAACAACACGCACAGGGUAGCCAACAAGGCAAGGUGUUCCAAAAGCAGGAAGACUGGGAACUUAUUUAAUUUCUCUAUCUAUAAAUAUAUUAUGUGUUUAUUUCUUGCAUUUUUUUUGUUAAUUAUACGUAUAGUCGUGUCGAUUACCCAGGCACGUACUACGCAUGCGCUUGGCUUACUAUCCUCUGCUGUGCGCGAGUGAGUAUGCGGCUAUGCUUGUUGCUAUACUACUCCAUUCAUGUUUGGUUUAAUUUUCAUUUUCUGUUCGUUUGUUGUCGUGCACGCGUUUUACUGCGUGCCUACAUUCAUGAAUAAGCUUAAUUAACGGUAUUGGUUGAUUCAUUGCUCAUGCAUCGCCUAUCUACGAUGCAUCCCAU